AUGGAGUAUCUUGCAGAUUGUCUGGAUUAUAAGUCUUUCAAUGGGCCAAAAUGGAGAAUGGAGCCAAGUGAUCUGACAGUGGGUUCACUGGAGGAAGAAGCCACACUGGCCUGUGAUGCAAAGGGCAUUCCUGCCCCUCAGUACAGGUGGUCUCUGAACGGCACAUUGAUUAAUCUCAGCACUGAUUCCCGUCGGCGACUAUCCGGGGGGAAUUUGGUCAUUAGGAGUCUGGACCGGGCCCAGGAUGGAGGAAUAUACCAGUGCACUGCCUUCAACCCACACGGAGCGAUUCUCAGCAGAAGAGCUAGCCUUCAGUUUGCAUACUUGAAUUUAAAAACUCAAACAAGAAGUGCUGUCUCAGUGCGAGAAGGCCAGGGGGUUGUUUUACUUUGUGGUACGCCAUCAUAUGCAGGAGAUCUCUCAUUUGCAUGGGUCUUUAACGAGUACCCUUACUUUGUUCAGCAAGACAAUCGACGCUUUGUCUCUCAGGAGACGGGAAACCUUUACAUCGCCAAAGUGGAGCCUUCGGAUGUAGGCAACUACACGUGUGUGGUGGUUAACCGCAUCACUAAAGGCAAAGUCCUCAGCUCCCCGACACCUCUGGUACUACGAACGGAUGGUGUUAUGGGUGAAUAUGAGCCGAAAAUAGAGGUUCAUUUCUCUGAUAUGGUUCCAGCAGCAAAAGGAUCAGUUGUGACACUGGAGUGUUUUGCUUUGGGAAACCCAGUUCCAGAGAUAACAUGGAGGAGGGCGAAUGGAGUGCCGUUUCCCAGCAAGGUGAAGAUGAAGAACUCAAAUGUAGUUCUGGAGAUUCCCAGUUUUCAGCAGGAAGACGCCGGAGGCUAUGAAUGUGUGGCAGAGAACAAGAUGGGAAAGAACACAGUGCAAGGACGACUGUCUUUCCACGCAAAACCUCAGUGGGUUCAGACGAUGCGAGACAUUGCUUUAUCAAUAGAAGAGAGGUUGUUCUGGGAGUGUAAAGCCAACGGGAAACCCAAACCUUCUUACAGCUGGCUGAAGAAUGGAGAACUGCUGGCGGCUGAGGACAGGAUCCAGAUCGAGAACGGAGCGCUGACAAUCAGCUCUGUAAACCUCUCAGAUGCUGGCAUGUAUCAGUGUGUCGCUGAGAACAAACACGGGAUCAUUUAUUUUGGUGCUGAGCUGGUGGUGUUGGCUUCACCCCCAGACUUUUCCAGAAGCCCUCUAAGAACCCUGCUUAAAGCCAAGACGGGCAGCACAGUCACCAUGGAGUGCAAACCGCAGGCCUUUCCCUCAGCCAUCACCCUGUGGAGGAAAGGCAAUGAAGUGAUGCAGAGGACUGACAGGAUAACUUUUCUCCCUGAUGGAACGCUUAGACUCACAAAUGUGACCAAGAUGGACGGGGGAAACUAUGCUUGCUUGGCUAGAAACCGGUUUGGUACGGCUAGCACUUCGGGAAGACUGUUGGUCACAGAUCCCACACAGAUCACGCAGGGUCCAGUGGACAUGGAGAUCAUUGUGGGCGAGAGUAUCGUACUGCCCUGUCAGAUCUCUUGCGACCCUGCUCUUGAUGUCUCGUUCUCUUGGGCCUUCAAUGGGCAGCUGCUCAGUAAGCUCGACCAACAUUAUGAGCAUGUGGGUGGGAGUACAUCUGGAGAUCUGAUGAUUCGGAAUAUACAGCUGAAACACGCCGGAAAGUACGUUUGUGUGGUGGACACAGAUGUUGAGAGUUUAUCAGCUGCUGCUAUAUUAAUCGUGAAAGGUCCCCCAGGAGCUCCAGAUGGCGUAACAGUGGAAGAGAUCACGGACAGCACGGCUCAGCUUUCCUGGAGACCCGGCCAGGAUAACGGCAGCCCCAUCACAAGCUAUAUCAUCCAGGCCAAGACGGCUUUCACAGUGGGCUGGCAAGCGGUGAACACGGUCCCAGAGGUGAUUGAUGGCAAUACCUUGACGGCGACGGUGGUAGAUCUGAACGCAUGGGUGGAGUAUGAGUUCCGAGUGCUGGCCAGAAACAGCGUCGGUGUGGGCGAACCGAGCCCCGCGUCUCUUAAAACAAGAACUGAAGAUGCAGUUCCUGACACGGCCCCCACCGAUGUUGGAGGUGGGGGAGGCUCCAAGUCAGAGUUAGUAAUAACAUGGGAGCCUGUGCCUGAGGACCUGCAAAACGGAGAUGGUUUUGGCUACAUCAUCGCUUUCCGGCCGUUGGGGGAAGUCAACUGGACGCAUGCUGUCACCUCUGUGCCGACACAGUCCCGUUAUGUGUACCGAAAUGAGACCAUCCUGCCAUUUUCUCCAUUUAGCGUCAAAGUGGGCGCCUACAACACCAAAGGCCAGGGACCGUUCAGCCCCGUUACCAUUGUGUUCUCGGCCGAGAAUGAACCCAGUGGUGUUCCAGACGGCGUGUGGGCCAGAAGCAUCUCUGCCACUGAAAUUGAAGUGAGCUGGCACAUCCUCAGCGUUUCAACAGAAAGAGUGUUGGGCUAUGAGGUGGUGUACUGGGAGGACGAUACAAAACCAGAGACCAUGGGCAAAGUCAGGGUGUCUGCCAAUCAGGACAAGGUGAACAUCAGUGGUCUGAGAGGAUACACGCAGUAUUUCCUGACAGUGAGCGCUUUCAACACAGCAGGCACUGGUCCCCUCUCUCCAACAAUCAAUGUGACCACUAAAAAGUCCCCACCCGGCCAGCCACCUUUAAACGUGGAGUGGAACCUGAUAGGCUCCAAGCUCACGGUUCACUGGGAGCCCGUCAUUUCCCUGGAGAUGGAGUCUGAUGUUACUGGCUAUCAGGUGUCUUACAGAAGGAACCGCCAUAAAGAAAUUAACACGAUAACAACAAAUCUGACCUCGGUGGAGCUCACUCUACCUGCAGAUGACGAUUACGUCAUACAGAUACGAGCGCUGAGCGAUGGGGGAGAAGGCAUGCCGACCGAGCCCAUCAACAUACACAAGCUUAGUAUGAGCGUACGAGGCUCCAGAGCCUGGCGGCCCAACACCAUCCCCAUCUCCUUGCUUUCUGCCAUCGCAUUAUCAACACUGCGACCAGCUUUGUGUUAA